CGCCAGCAUCAUGCUCCUCCUACCUUUGCAGACUCCUCCCCCUUCCUGUGUGCCUGUAUAAAGUGCCGCCUGCUCUGUCCGUGCUCUCACAGCCUGAACAGCUCAGCAUCCUCAGAGGCAUCUUCUCCUCAUCCACGACCACUGCAGUCAUGAAUGUUGGCAUUUGUGUGUGUGUCCUGUUGGUUGCGCUGUCGAGCAGCUCCCUGAGUCUGCCCUCACAGUUAAUGUCACAGAAAGCUGAGAGUGGCGAUCUGAUGUCAGACAGCUUCCCGCCUCCCUCGUCAAACCUCAUACGCCAAGCCCGCUCAGCUCCAGCGCCACCCUUAGGGAAACUGGGAAACUACCACCAACUCCAAGAUGAGCCAGAAGCACGAAAUGGCCUCAACCAGCUGCUGGCCAAAUUGAUCUCCAGAAAAGGAUCUCUGUACCAAACAAGACCCUCGUACACCAGCAGAGCCAGCGGCCUCAGCGGUCUCAGCCCGAGCCACAGGAUAAAGGACAGAGACUACGAGGGAUGGAUGGACUUUGGACGACGCAGCACAGAGGAGUACGAGUACUCGUCCUAAUGCAUGACAUGAAAUAAAAAUAAACCCAAGUUACAUCCAGCUCACCAAAAAAGGAAAGAAAGAAAAAAAACACACCCUCUUUUCACACUGCGCUUAUUGUAACCCAGAUCUGAUUGGCUCCUCAGCUCAUAGAUGGAGCUACAGGUGUGAAUUUCAUGUUUAUGCUCCUUCCAAAAAUAUUCCAACCAAUGA